AUGUCAAAGAGAAAUAAUGAGGGCGAUGUCAUCGCCAAUCGGAUAAGUCUUCUUGAAGCAAAGGGACAGAAGCUGUUGGCCUCGCUUUACGGGUCGAGGCCAGACUGGGACACGCGGGACAAUGCUGCGACACCUCAGGAUGAGGAUGAUCAGGAUCUCAAACAAAACUACGCCUAUGACAGAAUUGGUCUUGGCGGUAUACUUCCAAAGGAUGUUGAGAAUGGCAGCUUCACCAAGAGAACACUAACAUCAGACGACAAACUGCUGCAGCAGUUGAUCGGCAAGAAAAAAGCCAAGGCUCAUAUCAUGGCGAAACAGGAAGCUGCAAGGCCGAGUGCAGCGACCAAAACUCAUCAAUACAGCAAACCUGCUGUUGCGAAGAAGGAGGUGUCUGAUGAUGAAGAGGAUGGGAGGGCUGCUACUUUCAAGUCAAAGAGAGGUGACAGGAAGGCGAAGAAGCCGCCCAUAUUGCCGGAUAGUGACGACGAAGAUGAAGAAAUGAGAGCAAAGAGGCUAGCGGCAGGCAUGAAAGCCGAAAACCAGGAGACAAAAGAGCCUACCACAGAGGCUCCGGUCGAGGAUAAGUCAUCCGAAAAAGUGAAAGAGGAGGAAGAAGCCGAGCCUGCACAACCAGCUCCCAAGAAAGUAAAAAUUAAACCGAAGAGCUUCUUGGAUGAGAUUCUGGCAGAGCGCUCCAAGAAGAAGAGCAAAAAGAGCAAAGCCUAA